CGAGCCAGGCAGUAAUGACUUCUGAUUGGUUGGAGAAAAAGUGUUGUCAAGAAUCAUUUUGGAACGCUCCUACAUGUGUGUAUUGCACUCUACUUUUAACUUUCUUUUUACAAUUUGUCUGCACUAUUGGCAACACGAUUAGUUUCAGUUUCAGCGGUUUCAGCAUCAUCCAGGCCAGGCAGUAAUGUUUGUAAACAAAACGGCCAGCAAGUUAAAGAUGCAGCACUUUGAUAGUCCUAUGUGUUUGAACCAGUCCUCCACCGAUGUCUCAUUAAAAAACCUAUCUUUGAUACACUUAACGUAAUAAAAUAAACAAAGGUGGUUAAACUUUCAUUCGUUGGUUCCUCCGGUUUGAGCGCACCCGUAGUCAUGAAUACCGCUACAAUAUGUUUUAUGUGUGGUCAAAAUUCUGUGCAGUUACACCUGGCAUCAGACGAGUCAAGGCUUGAUAUCAGCAAUAUUAUCAGCCAUCAUUUUUGGUUUGAGGAAGAUGUCCUGCAAACUGCCAUCAUUUGUGAGUCUUGCUGGCAGAAAGUGGAUCAAUUUCACCGCUUCUACCAAGAGGUGAGACAGCACCAUGAUCAAUUGAUGCAACCUGACGCGGUUUUCAUCAAACAGGAAGAAAUUGAGCUCGUGGAUGAGGUAGAGGAAGAGGGAAGAAUUCAAGAGAUUUGUACAGAGGAAGUAGUACUGGAGGAAGUAGCGAACCCGUUCGAAGAAAAGGGUGAUCUUGAAAGCGAAUGCAAGAAACUACCAUUGAGAACAAAUGCUAAAACGAAACCCAUUACUUCGAGAGAAGCGAAACGACGGGAAGAGGACGAUUUCAUCAAACAGCACAGACCUUACCACUGUGAAGACUGUCCUGUGAAGUUCGAAAGUUUCGCGAUGAUCCAUCGCCAUACAAUCGACAUUCAUGGGAAGGCGUACAUUAUGUGCUGUAACGUACGGUACAGAACUCGAGCUUUACUAUUCCAACACGUCCAGCUCAUGAAAAAUCCCGAUGCGUUCAAAUGCGAAAUUUGUGGCAAAUCGUACAUGUUACAUUUCAAUUACGUGCGCCACAAACAAGAAGCCCAUCUCAACAAGGAUCAAUUGAUUUUCGAAUGCGAUCGAUGCCCGAAACGUUUCCCCAAGAAAAAGCUGCUCCAGACUCACAUAGCAAAACAUGAAACCCUGGAGAAGGAGAAAGCCAAAUGCGAAAUCUGUGGCAAGUGCCUAAGGACUCAAAUUUCCCUGAGGGAACAUAUAGAGGCCGUUCACGAGAAGAAAGCCAACUUCAUCUGCGAGAUCUGCUCGAAACCAUUCACCAAACGGCAACUUUUCCUAAACCAUCGAAUAACUCACGAUCUCACGGCAGACCAACUGAAGAAACAGUGCCCGAUUUGCAAGCGGUGGCAAAAGAACACCAAAAUCUGGAAGCAACAUUUAUCACGCCAUAAAAACGAGGGAGCAUACAAGUGCGAUCAUUGCGAACACGUUUCCAUUAACUUGCUAUCGUUGAAGGAUCACAUUGAACGGCAACAUAAUAAAAUCCGGAAGUUCGUGUGCGAUCUGUGCGGUAAGGAGUAUUCGCGUGCGGUCACGCUGAGGGAACAUGUCGCCAAUGCGCACACGGGAAAGCCACUGUACCGAUGUACGUUUUGCGACAAAAAAUUCUUCUCGAAUGCCUCCAUGUACUCGCACAGGAAGAAGACCCACCCACAAGAGUUGGAGGUGUAUAACAGGACCAAGUUUAGCAUAGAGCGGAGAAAGUGGUGAUGGAAUGCUGUAGUAUUUAAUUUAAUAAAUCUGCUAGUUUUUUCAA